AUGGGAGAGCUGAGGAGGCUGCGGGUCCCUGGAAGAGGCCAACUUGGGGGAGGGGGAAUUGGGGCCCAGGCUCCGACAGGCCCGGGGCUCCCGUGGGUCUGGGCUGGGGCGGGGGCCGCCUGCGUACUCGGAGAGGCCAGGUCGGCGGCGCCGGGGCCCUGCCCGGGGCUAACGGGCCGGGCCGUGGGGAGGCGGGGUGCCGGGCAGGCGGCGGCGCGGGCUCCGGACGCGAGGGCUCCCGCUCCCUCCUCCCGCCCGAGCCAGCCUCGGGCGCCCGGCGCCUCCCACGGAGCCAGCGCCAGAGCCGGGAGGCCCCGGCCCGCCGCCGCGGCCCGCGGAAGGAGCCGCCGCUGUUGUUGCUGCCGCCGCCGCCGCCAGGCCGCGCCCCGCCCCUGCUGCUGCCGCUCCCCGGUGAGGCUCGCGCUCGACCUGCGGCGCCGGCCCCGCCGCCUGGGCCCCGGGCCCGGCCCCUUCCGCGCCGCCCGGGCGAUGAGAAGCUGCUUCUGCGUGAGACGGAGCCGGGACCCGCCGCCGCCGCAGCCGCCGCCGCCACCGCCGCCCCAGCGGGGAACAGAGCAAUCCGCCAUGCCUGAAGUCAAAGACCUUUCAGAAGCCUUGCCAGAGACGUCAAUGGAUCCCAUCACGGGAGUGGGGGUGGUGGCUUCUCGGAACCGAGCCCCGACAGGCUACGACGUAGUUGCACAGACAGCAGAUGGUGUGGAUGCUGACCUCUGGAAAGACGGCUUAUUUAAAUCCAAGGUUACCAGAUACCUAUGCUUCACAAGAUCAUUUUCCAAAGAAAAUAGCCAUUUAGGGAACGUGUUAGUGGACAUGAAGCUCAUCGACAUCAAGGACACUCUGCCUGUCGGCUUCAUCCCGAUUCAGGAGACGGUGGACACACAGGAAGUGGCUUUUAGGAAGAAGAGGCUGUGCAUUAAAUUCAUCCCACGGGAUUCAACCGAAGCUGCCAUUUGUGACAUUCGGAUCAUGGGCCGGACCAAGCAGGCCCCUCCUCAGUACACGUUCAUUGGGGAGUUGAACAGCAUGGGGAUCUGGUAUCGAAUGGGCAGAGUACCAAGAAAUCACGACUCAUCUCAACCCACGACGCCUUCCCAGUCAUCAGCUGCUUCCACCCCAGCCCCCAACCUUCCCAGGCACAUCUCCCUCACGCUCCCUGCUACCUUCCGAGGCAGGAACAGCGCUCGGGCUGACUACGAGUACCAGCACUCCAGUCUGUAUGCCAUCUCAGCAAUGGAUGGUGUGCCAUUUAUGAUUUCAGAGAAGUUUUCUUGCGUUCCAGAAAGUAUGCAGCCCUUUGAUCUCUUGGGAAUCACCAUCAAAUCUCUGGCAGAAAUUGAAAAAGAGUACGAGUACAGCUUCCGCACGGAGCAGAGCGCUGCCGCCCGGCUCCCGCCCAGCCCCACCCGGUGCCAGCAGAUCCCCCAGUCCUGAGGGGCCGCCUGCGGGGAGAAGAUGCAUUGCCCAGACUACUGAGCGCCCCCUCGCCCGGUCCCUCCCGCCGCCCAUCCACACUGCCCCGGCUUGGCGCUUCUGGGAGACUCUGGGCAGCUGAGCUGUUACCUCCUCGGUCAUCGGCGUGCCUGACGUGACACCCCGCUCCCCUGGGGAUACUGUUCAUAAUCUCGACUAAUCUGUGUGUGCUGUAGUGACCAGUGGCUCCUACCAUGUCUGUGUGAUGACCAGUUGUCCUGCAAACAACCCUACCCACCACGGGAGUCACCCCGAGGGCCCUGGACAGUUGUUCUGGCCGCCCAGUGACGCCACCGGCUCCCUGCUCUCCGGACUGUCGCCA